AUGAAUCUCCCAUUGGUUGAUGUGCUACGUGAAAUCCCAAAAUACGCUAAGUACAUCAAAGAUAUUAUGGCUAACAAAAGGAGGUUGACAGAGUUUGAGACUGUGGCACUUAUUGAGGAGUGCAGUUCUAGGGUACAGAGUAUUCUCCCGCCGAAGUUGAAGGAUCCAGGUUGUUUUACAAUCCCCUUGGCGAUUCGAAAACACGAGGUUGGUAGAGCCUUGUGCGAUUUGGGAGCGAGCAUUAAUUUGGUGCCACUAUCAGUAUUCAAGAAGCUCAAUCUUAGAGCCCCCGGGCCUACUAUUGUACUUCUACAGCUAGCAGAUCGGUCAUUAGCAGUGCCUGAAGGAAUUAUUGAAGAUGUGCUAGUGCGAGUAGGGAAGUUCAUCUUUCCCAGAGAUUUCACUAUUCUUGACUACAUGGCUGAUGAGGAGGUUUCAAUUAUUUGGGGGCGACCAUUCUUGGCCACUGGAGGGGCACUUAUUGAUGUGAGGGAGGAUAAGCUAAAGAUGAGAGUGCAUGAUGAAGAAAUCACAUUUAAUUUGUACAAGGCGCUUAACCUUCCUACACAUUAUGAGGAUCUGUGCAUGAUCUCUGUUGUAGAAUCAAAGUUAAUAGAACAAGGUCCUUGUGUGGAGCCUAUUAGCAUGGAAAAGAAACUCGAGUUAGAAGAAGUGGUGUUGCGAGCUGAAUGUGUAAAGGUAAAAGAGAAAAGGGUCAGAGAGGAAAGAGAAGAUCCUCCUAGAGCGCGAGAGUAUCAUGUGCUAGCUAGGCCCUAG